UUCCAAGUUCGACCGUUUCAAACUUUGAAAAGCUAGUGUUUUUUUAUGCUAUUUUACUCUUAUCAAAACAAAUUUAUUUCUGAAUAUAAUUGAUUAAUUAAACGGAGAUUUAUGGUAAUGCGUUCAUUAAUUAGUGAUAAGUAAUUUACAACAAUUAAUUUAUAAGAUGCCAAGUAUAGUAAGUAGUAGUGUCGACGUACCUCGCCCAUCGGACGGAAGCAAAAUGCAGCUGGAGUGCUUGGAAUUGGCUGGUUGUACCUUAGACCGGUACAUAAGCUCUGAUAAUUCGCGCCCUUCGUUUUUGGAGAUAACUGGAAUAGCAGCCCAAAGGAGUCCAACAUGCAGUGGAUUGAACGCUGGAGACUACAGAAACCUCGAAGUCCUGCUCAAUCAUCCAAAUUUAUCACAGUUGAAAAUACUAAAUAAGGUUCCACUGCCACCAGAAAUAAUGGAACAUUUUGCCCAUAUGCAAUGCCAUUGCCUAAUGGGGGUGUUUCCAGAAAUCAGUCGAGUUUGGCUUGCAAUAGAUAGCAAUAUUUAUGUGUGGGCUUUUGAACAUGGUUGUGAUGUAGCAUACUUUGAUGGCCUAGGAGAGACCAUUGUCAGCGUUGGGUUAGUCAAGCCUAAACCGGGGGUAUUCCAAAGUUUUGUAAAGUAUUUACUGGUUUUGACCACUACAGUUGAAAUUGUAGUAUUAGGUGUUACAUUUUCCUCAAGCAAAAAUGAUGGCUCAUCAGAAUUCCAAGAAAUACACUUAGUACCAGAACCAGUUUUUGUUUUGCCAACUGAUGGUGUAUCUAUGAUGUCAGUCAAGUCCACUGCAAAAGGUCGCAUAUUUAUGGGUGGAAAAGAUGGAUGUUUGUAUGAAAUCACAUACCAGGCUCAAUUGGGAUGGUUUGGCAAACACUGUAAAAAAGUAAAUCAUUCAACCAGUGCUUUAUCAUUCUUGGUGCCAUCAUUCCUCAAUGCAGCUUUAUACGAUGAAGAUCCUAUUGUCAAAAUUGAAGUGGAUAACUCAAGGAACAUUCUGUAUACAUUGAGUGAAAAAGGCUGCAUUGAAGUGUUCGAUUUGGGCGCUGAUGGUGAAGGAUUGAGUAGAGUUGUACGAUUUACACAAGGAAAGAUUCUUACAUCAGCUUUGGACAUUGUUAAAACACUUGAGCCUAUUAACUUCAAACCAGUUGUAGCAAUAUCAGCUGUGGAGGAGUCAGAGUCUGAACACUUAAAUCUCGUAGCUGUUACACAAACUGGUGCUAGACUUUAUUUCAGUACUGGGAGUGGGGAUGCGAAUCAAGGUGGUUCUCAAAGGCCUCAGUACCUCACACUACUGCAUGUGAGACUUCCGCCUGGAUUCACUCCCAACGCCUCAGUACUCAGGCCUAAACAAGUCCACAGUGCUGUUCAUGAAAAUGGUUGCCUAGUGAUGGUGUGUUCCACGGGCAACGGCGCCGAAGCGGAGACGUUGUGGUGCCUAUCGCGCGUGCUGCCCGGGCCUGGCUUCAGCGAGGCGCAUUCCCUGCUCGCGCUGGACGGGCCGGCCUGGGCGCUCACAGCGCUGCCUGCGCCUCGCGCCGCUCACUUGUCACCCGCGAUGGUCGCCAGGAAAGAGGUGUGGAGCGUGUCCCGCUGGGCGGUGGUGACCGGCGCGGGCGCAGCGGUUUUGGCGGCGGGCGCGGCGCCCGACUUGCUGCGCUCGCUGCUACGCGACUGCCGCGGCCCUGAGGCUCAUGCUGUUAAGGACUUCUUCCAGCUCCACAGCGUAGAGCAAGCGUGCGCGUGCGCAGUGUACCUGGCGUGCGAGGAUGCUACUUCCAACGACCUGUCCGUCAGCGAGUGGGCGGCGCGCGCCUUCUUCCUGUACGGCGCGCAGCUCGCGCCGGCGCCGCUGCUGCCGCACCAGACCUCGCAGCUGCCCUCCAGUAUAGGUUCACCCAAGUUUUCGCCGCGGCAAAUGUCCACGCCCAUGUCUAUGCGAGGUCCUCAAGGGCAAAUGCAGCCCGGAAAACUAAACCAGUCGUAUCAACAGGCCGCAAUGAACCAGUCCUUCCCUGGCUCUCCCAACCAGUCUAUGAUGCCGCAGUCGCCAUUCCAACAAAACAUGAUGAGCCCCACGCCCUUCAACCAGUCUUCCUUCGUGGGGAAUGUCACACAGCAGCAAAGGGAUCAAAAUUUCCCCAUACAAGUCGAGUACAGCGCGAAACACAACGGCCUCUAUAUCUACAUUGGAAGAAUAUUGGCUCCCAUCUGGAAUUUGAAGUGUGUUUCCAAAUCGCUGACGCCUGAUAACAAGGAAUUUAUGAGCAGCAACGUGACGGGCGAGGACUGCGCGUUCACCGUACAGAAGCUACAGCGCGCAGCGGCCUUUGCCCAGCGCGUGGUCGCGCCGCCGCACUCCGACGAGCACGCCUCGCUGCAGGCGCUCAAGAUGUUCAUAACGAUGGCGAUUGAAAUGCUUAGCCUUUGGAAAGUACUUUGCGAACACCAGUUCCACGUUAUUGCGUCUAGUCUACCUCCAGAACAGCAAAGUGCUUUGCAGGCUGCAAGCUUUAGAGAACUGCUGGUAGGAGGUCAAGAGGUUGCUUGCCUCCUUUUAGGUUCUUUGGUCGCCGGAUACUUAAGAGACAACGCGUCCGUGGACGGUAUCUCACAGAAGUUGAGGCAACUCUGUCCUACCCUCUAUAGAAAAGAAGAUGCUACUUGCUCUAAAGCCAAUGAACUGUUGAUGUUUGCAAAACAACAAAAGAAUCCGACUGAAAGAGAAGAAAUGCUACAGCACGCUUUGAAACUUUGCAUGGAUGUGGCUCCGAACGUGAAUCUGCCUCUAGUGUGCGCCAAGCUAGUGUCGGCGGGCUUCUACUCGGGCGUGGUGCAGCUGUGCCGCGCGUGCGCCGCGCGCCUCGACCCGCACGACAAGGCGUUACACCACUACUCCAGCGACCAGCCCGCCCAAGACCGCGAGGGGCACCUGGCCUACUACCGCCGAAUGGACAUAUACCGGGAAGUAUGCAACGCCCUAGAACGCUUGUACGAGCGCAGUGUAGAAACUGGAAGCGAGCCGGCGCCUCUUCGGUCACAAUCGCAGUCCACUACAGACACAAUGAUGACUCUGUCGCCAGCUGACGCAAACUAUCAGGGCCGAAAACUAGUAUGGGAAUGUUUGGCAUGUGAUGAUGAACUCCUUCAUGUUGCCGUUUAUCAAUGGCUUGUUUCCAAAAAUCUCGGUGCAGAGCUUCUAUCGCUGGGGUCGGCACCGCCGGCGUCGCUGCGGCGUUAUUUAGCGGCGGGAGCGCGCGCGGCGUCGCCACAGGCCGCGUUACAACUGCUGGACUUGCUAUGGAAGGUUCUGGAGAAGUGCGGCGACCACCUCGCCGCCGCACACGUGCUCGAAGGGCUGGCUACUAAACCGGGGUCCGGCGCUCUCCUGUCCCAGCGCAUAUCGUGGCUGUCAGCCGGCGUGGUGUGCGUGCGCGGCGCCGGCGCCGGCGGGCCGGGCGGCGGCGAGCUGCUGCGGCGGCUGGAGGAGGCGGGCGAGGUGGCGCGCGUGCAGGCCGCCGUGCGCGCCGCCGCCGCCGCGCUGCCGCGCCCGCUGCAGCCGCCGCCGCACGCCAUGCACCGCCUGGACGACGAGCUGCUGGAGGUGACGCAGCUAUACGAAGAGUACGCCGACCGGUACAACCUAUGGGAGUGCAAGUUGGCCAUCGUGCAGUGCUCGGGCCACAACGACGCUCUCCUCGUCGAGAACAUCUGGAGUAACAUCCUCGCGGAGGCCGAGGCGGCCGCGAGAGGCUGUCUCACGGCCGACGAGAAACUGGGCUCGGUGCUUAGCAAGCUGACCACACUCGGCCGGGAGUACGUCCAUACUGGGCAUUGCUUCCCUCUGUAUUUCAUUGUUCGCCAGCUGGAAAUUAUGAGCUGUAAACUUCAAGCAGAUCAAAGCAUGGUAUUCAAAGCCGUGUUGAAUAUUGGUGUUUCAUUAGAACAAGUACUAGACAUUUAUAUCAAACUCGUAAGCGUGAACGAGCGCGUGUGGCUGGGCUGCGGCGACGAGACGCACGUGUGCAGCGUUGCCGCUCUGCUGCUGGAGAGCGCCCGCGGCGAGCUGGCGCCGCUGGAGGCCGCCGCCCGCAGGCGCGCGCUCGCCCGCUGCAAGGACCUGCACGAGGCCGCGCUGUCCUCGCUCCAGGUCUGUACUGGCCGGCUGCGGGCCGAGCCCCGCGUGUGCAGCGUUGCCGCUCUGCUGCUGGAGAGCGCCCGCGGCGAGCUGGCGCCGCUGGAGGCCGCCGCCCGCAGGCGCGCGCUCGCCCGCUGCAAGGACCUGCACGAGGCCGCGCUGUCCUCGCUCCAGGUCUGUACUGGCCGGCUGCGGGCCGAGCCCCGCGUGUGCAGCGUUGCCGCUCUGCUGCUGGAGAGCGCCCGCGGCGAGCUGGCGCCGCUGGAGGCCGCCGCCCGCAGGCGCGCGCUCGCCCGCUGCAAGGACCUGCACGAGGCCGCGCUGUCCUCGCUCCAGGCUCGGCCGAACACGCAGCGCCUCAUGGACCGCCUCACAGUUGCGCAGGCGCACCUGGACCGCCUGGACUGAGUCAGUAGAUAUAAGUUAGCUAAUUAUCCAAUUACAUUAAGUCCAUUUGCUUCCCAUAUCUUUUUAAUUUUCUUCAAAUCAUUUUUUGACAUCCGACAAAAUUUUACUUUGUCUAAAUAAUAUUAAUUUCAUCAUGCAUUUUAAUGUAACUUAAAGUCAUUAGUAAAUGAAAGACCGUUCAGUUGAUUUAAUUUUUAUUUUAUAAUAUUCCAUAAAAUUGGUAAAAAUACAAAAACUUUUAAAAUAAUAUUUAGAAUAAUUUACACUUUAUUGAAACCAUGUACACAUACAAUCGGAAUGGCAGUGACUUAUAAUCAAUCACACAUUUUUAUUCAAAACGCUUACAUACUUUUCUACAUUCUUUAAAGUAUUGUUUUAUCAUGUGCA